AUGUCGGCGCUGUUAUUCAAUUUGGCUCAUCGCGUGUCCGCGCUGCUAAUCGAUUUUGCACGUCGCGUUUUUAUAACUGAUGUUAAUAUUGUAACAUCAGUUAUUUUCACAAGCAAAGAAUCUAAUGAAUCUAUGAAUUCAGUGCAAUCUCUAACAGCAGGAGAACGAUACAGAUCUAAAAUAACAAUAUCUUUAUUUAAAUUUAAAAGAAGACCAUUCGCGUAA